AUGAUAUUGACCUUAAUAACGAUCAUUUUCGGUUGUUCAUUAAGUUUCUUAUCUUUUCAAGUUCAAGCAAAUACAUGCAAUACUUACAAUCAUCCACAAUAUGGUACUGGUCAAUGUAUUGAUCGAAAUCUAUGUCCAAAUUCAUUAUAUCUAUCUGGUUUAUGUGAAUUACAACCAUCUAAUAUUGUAUGUUGUUUUUCAGUAGAACCAAUGAAAGAAGAAUUUCGAGCUAUAUGGAUAGCUACAGUAACUAAUAUUGAUUGGCCAUCAUCGAAAGCAGCUACACCUGCUGAACAACAAUCUGAAUUACUUAAUAUUCUAAAUAAAGUUGAAGAAUUAAAUAUGAAUGCUGUCAUUUUUCAAAUUCGUCCUGCUAGUGAUGCUUUUUAUUCAUCAUCAUUAGAACCAUGGAGUUUCUAUUUAACUGGCACACAAGGUGUUGCACCAUCACCAUUUUGGGAUCCAUUAGCAUUCAUUAUCAAUGAAGCACAUAAACGAAAUAUUGAAGUACAUGCAUGGCUUAAUCCAUAUCGUGCUCGUACGGGUGGUGCAACCUAUGAAUUAGCACCUACUAAUAUGGCUAAAAGAUUUCCAGAAUAUGCUUAUCCAUAUGCAAAUAAUAUAUGGAUGGAUCCUGGCGCAGCUGUAGUUCAACAAUUCACAGUCAACGUUACUGCAGAUAUUGUUAGUCGUUAUGCUGUUGAUGGAAUACAUAUCGAUGAUUAUUUCUAUCCAUAUAGUGAUGGUACUGAAUUUCCUGAUGCUGCUACCUAUGCUACUUAUCAAGCACAAGGUGGCAAAUUAAAUAAAGCAGAUUGGCGUCGUUUAAAUGUCAAUAAUUUAAUUCAUUCGAUGUAUACAACAAUGCAUGCUAUUCGACCAAAAGUUAAAUUUGGUGUUUCACCAUUUGGAAUAUGGAAAAGUGGUACACCAGCUGGUAUAACGGGUUUAUCAUCAUAUGAUAGUUUAUAUGCUGAUAGUCGAAUGUGGUUAGAACAAGGUUUAGUUGAUUAUAUGGCACCACAACUUUAUUGGGCAAUUGAUCCACCAGCACAAUCUUAUCCUGUUUUACUUAAGUGGUGGAUAGAACAAUCAACUAAAGGUCGUCAUGUUUAUGCUGGUAAUGCUGCAUAUAAAAUGGCUCAAGGUGCUGUUCAAUGGCAAGCAAAUGAAAUAGUUCGACAAGUAAAUAUAACUCGAUCAAUGCGUGAUCGACUUGCACUUGAAAACGAGAAAGACAUAAACAUUAAAUAUGCAACAAUGGUGCGUUCAAUAGAUUCUCAAUCAAGACAACAUUUGUUUUUAUGCUAUGUAGCACAUAUGAGAUGGACCCAGCGAUACGGUGUUAUGGCGGUAGCCAUUAUUGUUAUACUUGCAUUUAUUUUCGUUUUACAUCAAAAACAAUUGUAUGAAGAACAGACACGACAAACAAUUGAAUCAUUACAAAAUCGUAUUGAUUAUGUUUCACGUCUUAAUGAUGAACAUUUACAAGAAUUAUCAGUUAUAAAACAACAAAAUAUUCGUUUAACUCGUUCAGUUAAUUCAAUUAAAUCUUGUCAUCGUCGUUUUGGUACAAAUAAUAAUAUUAAUAAUAAUAAUAAUAAUAAUAGUAAUAGUAAUAGUUUAUCAAUAAUAAAUUUCAAUAGUACAACUGGUGACGAAACAUUAAAUGAUAAUAUAAUUGAUUCAAUUAAAAAUGUUUUUCAUUUACCACCUAGUUUUAAUUAUUUAAAACAUCUUAAUAAUAAACAUGAUAUGUUAUCACCAUCAUUUCAUCGUCAAACAACAAAUGGAAAAUAUUUACGCCAAAAUAUAUCAUUUAUUAUUGGUAUACCAACAGUUAAACGUGAUAAACAAUCAUAUCUUAUUGAAACAAUUAAAUCAUUAAUUGAUAAUUUAAAUAAUGAUGAUAUUGAACAUUUAUUAAUUGUUAUAUUUAUUGCUGAACCAUUCGAUAUUGAAUAUGUACGUACAACAGCUCAUCAAAUAGAAAAACUUUAUAAUAAAUAUAUUGAAAAUGGUUUAAUUGAAAUAAUAAGUCCACCAAUUGAAUUUUAUCCUGAUUUUGAUCAAUUAGCAUUAAGUUUAAACGAUAAUAAAGAACGAGUUAAAUGGCGUACAAAACAAAAUUAUGAUUUUACUUAUUUAAUGAUGUAUUCAUCAAUAAGAGGAAAAUAUUAUAUACAAUUAGAAGAUGAUGUUGUUACAAAACCUGAUUAUAUUCAUAUUAUUGAAAAUUUUAUUAAUCUACAAAAAACACAAAAUUGGUUUAUGCUGGAAUAUUCAAGUUUAGGUUUUAUUGGUAAAAUGUUUCAUACUAGUGAUCUUGAUGCACUAGUGAAUUUCUUUCUAAUGUUCUCUGCUGAUAAGCCAAUUGAUUGGUUACUUGAAUAUUAUCAAGAUACAAAAUAUUGUUCAUUUGGUGCUGAUAUUCAAUCAUGUGUACGAACAAAAGGUUUACAUCGUUUUCGUUUUCGUCCAUCAUUAUUUCAACAUAUUGGAAUGUAUUCAUCAUUAAAAGGCAAAAUACAAAAAUUAAAAGAUAAAGAUUUUGGUAAAAAUAUUAAAUUAUUUAAAGCUCAUGAAAAUCCACAUGUAUCAUCAAUUGUAUCAACAUUAAAAGAUUAUGAUAAACAUACAUUAAUGAGUUGUUAUGCAGGACAAAAUUUUUUUUGGGCAUUACAACCUAAAAAAGGUGAUACUAUUGAAUUUAAAUAUGAUCCACCACUUUUAUUAUCGAGAGUUUAUUUUAAAUCGGGUAAUCCAGAACAUCCAGGAGAUAAAUUUUUUAACACAACUAUUGAUUUAUUACCAUAUGUACAACCAAAAGAAGAAAUUAAUUCUAUUAAAGAUCAUGAUGGUUUUUAUACAGUAGCGAAUUUUUCACAUGAAACUGGUAUUGGUGAAGCUUUUAUUAAUAAAGCAUUUGGGCCUAUAUCAAAUGUGCGUUUAAAAGUGCAUUCAAAAUCAGAAGCAUGGGUUAUAUUGAAUGAGAUACUUAUUGAACCGGUCACAUAA